GAUCGGAACAUCGAUUAACGUCUGACCACUGCUAGCCCAUCCCCUCCCACCCACGUCGAUCAUACCUCUGGGCUCCAGAGAGAAAGCAGGUCUUGCAGUGUACCAUGAUUUCACCCUUCUUAGUGCUGGCCAUCGGCACCUGCCUUACCAACUCCUUAGUGCCAGAGAAAGAGAAAGACCCCAAAUACUGGAGAGACCAAGCUCAGCAGACCCUGGAAAAUGCCCUGAGGCUUCAGAAUCUCAACACCAACGUGGCUAAGAAUAUCAUCAUGUUCCUGGGAGAUGGGAUGGGCGUCUCCACCGUGACGGCUGCCCGCAUCCUCAAGGGCCAGCUCCACCACAGCCCCGGGGAGGAGACCAGCCUGGAGAUGGACAAGUUCCCCUUCGUGGCCCUCUCCAAGACAUACAACACCAAUGCUCAGGUCCCUGAUAGCGCAGGCACCGCCACCGCCUACUUGUGUGGGGUGAAGGCCAACGAGGGCACCGUGGGGGUGAGCGCAGCGACCCAGCGCACCCAGUGCAAUACAACUCAGGGCAACGAGGUCACCUCCAUCCUGCACUGGGCCAAGGAGGCUGGGAAAUCCGUGGGCGUUGUGACCACCACGCGGGUGAACCACGCCACCCCCAGUGCCGCCUAUGCCCACUCCGCCGACCGCGACUGGUACUCAGACAACGAGAUGCCCCAGGAGGCCCUGAGCCAGGGCUGCAAGGACAUUGCCUACCAGCUCAUGCACAACAUCAAGGACAUCGAGGUGAUCAUGGGGGGUGGCCGGAAGUACAUGUUCCCCAAGAAUAGAACCGAUGUGGAGCAUGAGACGGACGAGAAGGCCAGGGGCACAAGGCUGGACGGCCUGAACCUCAUCGACAUCUGGAAAAGCUUCAAACCCAGACACAAGCACUCCCACUACGUCUGGAACCGCACGGAACUCCUGAACCUUGACCCCGCCACCGUGGACUACCUCUUGGGUCUCUUUGAGCCGGGGGACAUGCAGUACGAGCUGAACAGGGACAACGUGACUGACCCGUCACUCUCUGAGAUGGUGGAGAUGGCCAUCAAGAUCCUGAACAAGAACCCCAAAGGCUUCUUCUUGCUGGUGGAAGGAGGCAGGAUUGACCACGGGCACCACGAGGGCAAGGCCAAGCAGGCACUGCACGAGGUGGUGGAGAUGGACCGGGCAAUCGGGCAGGCGGGCAGCAUGACCUCCCUGCAAGACACGCUGACCGUCGUCACUGCUGACCACUCCCACGUCUUCACCUUUGGCGGGUACACCCCCCGUGGCAACUCUAUCUUUGGUCUGGCCCCCAUGGUGAGCGACACAGACAAGAAGCCCUUCACUGCCAUCCUGUAUGGCAAUGGGCCUGGCUACAAGGUGGUGGGUGGUGAGCGAGAGAAUGUCUCCAUGGUGGACUAUGCUCACAACAACUACCAGGCGCAGUCCGCCGUGCCCCUGCGCCAUGAGACUCACGGUGGGGAGGACGUAGCCGUCUUCGCCAAGGGCCCCAUGGCACACCUGCUGCACGGCGUCCACGAGCAGAACUACAUCCCUCACGUGAUGGCUUAUGCAGCCUGCAUCGGUGCCAACCGCAACCACUGUGCCUCUGCCAGCCUGGCGGGCAGGCCCUCCCCAGGCCCCCUGCUCCUCCUGCUGGCCCUGCUCCCCCUGGGCAUCCUGUUCUGAGGGCCCAGGGCCCGGGCUCCCACCAGCCCGUGACAGAUGGCCAGCCUCCCUCUCCCAGCGCUGCCCACCGCCCAGCAGCCCACACCUCAAAGGGCGGGGAUGCGGAGGCCUCCACAGCCGCUGCAGCUGCCAGAAAGGGGACCCAGGAAACCAAAGUCUGCUGCCCGCCUUGCUCCCCUCUGGAACCCCCCACUGGGGCCACACCAGUUCUUGGCCUCGGCCCCUCCCGCUGCUCCUUUGGCUAACAGGGUAGGUUUCUCUUGGGCAGGCAGAGAGCACAGA